AUGGCCACCACCCCAAUCCAAGUCUCUGCUUCUUCUUCAUCACCCAUCAUUGGUAAAGUUCCUCUCUUUAGUGCUCCUUAUUGCGCAAUGUUUGAUGGGUUGGUUGGUGAAAGGGUAGAUGAAAAGAAAGGUGCAGGCUUUUCCGGGAUUGUGGGAGCCGAUGACCUGUUGAUUGUUGGGCCGGGACUCGGGAGUACUUGGGCGAUUAGUUGCAGAGAAAUGGCGGGAGUGGUUAAGCAAUUGAGUUUUGACAGGAGCAUCCGGGUUGUGGGCCAUGAGGAGUUGAUCAAGGUGGGAAUCAAAAUGGACCAUAAGUUUCCUAAUGUCAUUUUCUGUGCUCCACCAUCUAGAACCUCGGAUUAUCCCGAUGACCAUCUGUUCUUUCUUGUUUACAUCAAGCUCUGCAACGACAACAGUCCAAGUGUUGCUGAUAGAGGUGCCCAUGUUUAUUGGUUAUCGAAGGGGACUGUAGAAGCAAAUCCAAAUCACGUUCUGAAUCUCAUACAUUACGAGGAUACAGCUUCCCUAUCUGUUGCAAUCUUAAAGAAGCGAUUACGUAACCGGAUUCUCUUGGGUUGUGACAAUCAUCCAUUGUCCAGGAAAGAAGUGAUUGACUUGGUUAAUAAAAGUGGGAAAUUUACCAAAGUGUUUGAGAGCUUUACAGGAACUACUGAUCCAUUGGGUAAGCGAUUAAACAACUCAAAAACUUGUGCAGAAAUAGGGUGGGAACCAAAAUACCCCAGUUUCUCUCAAUUCCUUGAGUCUCUGAACAAAUGGUAACCUCUAUCUGCAUUGUGCGGGAAGUAUUGGUUAAGAUAGCCCAAGGAAUAUUUGUGAUGGAGAUGAGCAUGUAAAGUUUGUUUGCAUAUUUUGGAGAUACUUGCUGCAAUGGUCUGGACAUCUGUAGAGAACUGACAAUUCUGAACCUCUUCAGCCAGCCUCCACGGAAACUGAGUGGCUGGUUUGAACAUUUAACUUCAUGUAUCUUUGUACAGGCAGCUUUAUACUUUGGUCUCAAAUUCUCUCUCCCCCAUGAGUGAUUCUUUCUUUUUCUCCUUCUGUGUUUACUUUGCUGUUACAUAAGAUGUAUCCCACCUGCUUUAUGCAGAAAUUAUGUUCCACCUUCUAAAAUGAUUAAUAGUGGAUUGUGAGUUGACGGA